AGCUGCAAAGAAUUGGUGCGAGUACGAAUGGUCGGGCAUCGUGCGUACGAGCGCGUCAGUCGUCCUUUGAGCCGAAGCGUGCGUGUUUUGGAGAGUGCUGUGCGUGUGCGUGGCUUUUCGGUGUUGUGUUUUUCCCUCGGAGAACAGGAACUAUAUUAUAAUUCGUGCAACUAGAAAGCAUUUUUCAAAACUCCACACAACAAACUCACAUGAUAUUUUUCUAUUCAAACUUAGCUUACAAUAAACAAAACUACCUACAACCAAAAAAAAAAAGAUAAAAAUAAAAACGACGCCAAUUACAAUAUUUUUAUACUACGUACAAAGUACAAAUAUCUGUCAGAGUACAAACAAGGCUGAAAUAAUCUUCCUCAACGUAAUAUUUAGUCAAAAGAAAAAAGAAGCAGUCACACAACAGAUCUCAGCGAUUUAAAUCAGGACAUCGUAUUUUUAUGCAAGUCACGAGCAUAAUGACAAUAAGUUAUAAGCAGUUUUAAGCGAUUUUUUUGUAAUUGCGACGAAGAAAACAAUUGCAAUGAACGUGCGAUGACAGAAUGAGCGAUACCCUCAGCCGGGACCCGGAGACGCAGAGCUCUGGGUACGCCCUGGCUCCUAGUUAUCCAGCGACAUCCACAUCGGACGCGUCUGCCGCCUCCCACCUGCCUCCAUUUUCCACAUUCGCCGUUGAAAUGGACGCCAGCACCGGCUUCAACUUCACCGAACGCGUCAUGGAGAUCCCACAUUGGGAUUACUACCAUGAAACACGUCUCCUAGACCGCAUAGAGAAUGGGAUCAUCGUGUCCCAAGCCCAGUACAGACCCUGGGAGUCCAAGGAUGCUGAUGCGUUCGCGGCGGCGCAGAACAGCAUCUCGAAAUUGCCAUCAUUUCAAUCACAGUUUCAUGCUUUUAAUGAUCCGGUCACUACGAGUGGUAGUGAUCAACCGACGCUGACGACGCUCACGCCCGUCUCGCCGAGCGUAUCUAGUCCAAAUUUAACAACGCUCGGUACAGUUGGUGCCAACUUUCAUACCCUCAACGCUAGGAAUUACCCGUUGGUACCAGCGCCGAUACAAGCACGUGAGAUACCUUCGAUUCAACAACAGUUCCUGGAUGAACGACAUAUUCAACUCUAUACUCAUCCAGCGCAGUUCCAACCACAAAACGGCACGAUUAUUCAGAAUAUCAGUGCUCCUACAGUGGUGCACGUGGUGAAAACAGAGCCGGAUCUACGUUUAACUCUACACCCCGAGCAGAAUUUGAAGCUGCAGAAUAUCACGCUGCAUCCGACGCAGUUUCAGAAUCCCAUGUCGACGAUUAUUGAUAAUUCCGGUGGGAUUUAUAAUGGGUUGGAUAAGAAGAUCAAUGGGAUCAAUGCGGGUUUAAUCAGUUCGCCGACAAGAAGUGAUUUUAGGAAGAAGGAGCGUAGGAAAAUCCGCGCGUCCAGUUUGGAGAGCUCGGCGGAGAGUGAUGGCGCCUCGAGUAAUAUGGAGAUUGGGAAUGAGAAUUCCGGGCAGGUGGCGGCGGUUUCCAGUACGGCUGGGUUUAAGCAUCAUUCGAUGAGUAUGAAUUCUAUGGAUAUGGAUGAUAUGAACGGUGGGAUGGCCGAUAAACAGGUGAAGAAGAAGCGGAAACGAUGCGGGGAAUGUAUUGGAUGUCAGCGCAAGGAUAACUGUGGUGAUUGUGCGCCAUGCCGGAAUGAUAAGAGUCAUCAGAUCUGCAAGCAGCGAAGGUGUGAGAAGCUCACCGAGAAGAAGAAUUUAUAUGGAGAUCCAGCGAUGAUGCGUGGUGAAGGUCGACGCGGACGUGGAAAGGGUCGAGGUGGCGGGAGUUAUCGCGGCCGGAAGGCGGCUGCCGCUGCAGCGGCCAUUUCGAAUCAACCCGGCGGUGAUCAAGCGCCGCCCGCGCCUGUUUCGCGACCCAGUCCGCAACCCGCCGUGCACAUGAUCAAGCAGGAGCCGGUGCACAUGAUUAAACAGGAGCCUGUACACAUGAUUAAGCAGGAACCCGUCCAACAACAACAACAACAACAAACAAUGACCCCGGUGCCCUUCUAUACCGACCCCAACAGGUUCAGCACGCCUGUAUGGCAAACAGACCCAACUCUAGCACCUCAAGAAGUCGUCCCCAACUGGCCGCAGGGUCAAUUCAUUCAGCAAAUUGCACCCGCUCAACCGCAAACCACCCUCGACGCCUACCCACCGCAACAGUAUCCCAACGGUUUAUAUCAGGCGACUUAUCAGCAGCCGACAUUUGAGUCGAAUACAUUCUACACUGGCGCCGUGCAGGUUUUAAGCACAAGACCGCCGAGUGUUCCCAGCACACAGUUGACACCACGUACGAAUGGCAGCUACACGCCGAGUCCUAGUCCUGUCACUCAGAAUCAGCAACCACAAGCGCAGCAAGCACAACAACCUCAGGCAGCUCAGCAACCCACAACACAGAAUAAUGGCCAACGGACUAAUAUGACUUAUGAAUACAUGCAGAAUUACGCACCGCCUGCAACGCCACCUGUUGACAAUCAACAACAACAACAGAUAUCCAGACCCAGUUCGGUUAAUGGUAAUAAUAAUGCCCCAACGCCAAAUCAAACUUAUCAAACGGGUAACACUUUCACAUCCGUUUCGAGUACUAGUUUCUCACCCAGUUCGAAUACUGCUCCGCAUUAUGUCAACGCGAAUUCGGGAAACGAGCAACCUGGUUAUCCGCAAGUGAACAGCAACCCGCCGCUAAUUUCACACAACUCUAGUGGGUAUCCAGGUCAAUUCGGCGGUAGCAACAAUCAAACCACCUCCGACCAUCAGCAGGUCCAGUGGGUGAAUAAUGACAAUGCGCACAUGAUGUGGCAGCAAUCCCCCGCUCAACCAGCGCAUGCUGUGAAUCAGCAACAGGCGCAGCAGGACCAAAUGAACGAAAGUGCCAAACAAUCCGAUAAUAACACGCCCAAUCAGUAUGAGAACGAGAACAAUCAUCACGAUCCCGGCGAUCAGUUCAAUCAAGCGCACCGGGUGAAUUUAAACUCGCGUAUCAAGACGAUGAUCUUGAAUAAACAGGCGGAUAACAAUAAGAAGAUGGAGGAUGUGCAGAAGGACGAGCACAGCAAGCAGACCGGUCAUUUUUUAUGGUAUAGCCACCAUCGUCGCUCAGAUGAUAUAGAAAGCGACGGUGGUGGCUUUCCGUCGAUUAUUCGACAACUCAAUCAUGACAAAUUUUAUAACUACAAUCCGAAUCAUUUUAAUUACUUUCCAUCGAUAAUGCCGGCUCAGAAUGAAACAGCGACAAGUGAAGCGGUGUUGGACGUGGCGAAAACUGAAACUGAAGCGGAACAGAGUUCGGUGGGUUGCCUACCUGAAGAGAAUAAGGUUAAAACUGCGCUUGGUAAUGAAAUCCCACAAUGCAAUUGUUUCCCAACUGGUAAUCAACCGCCGGAGCCAGGGACGUAUUAUACUCAUCUAGGGUGUUCGAGUAAUUUGGUUAAUCUGCGGAAGGAUUUAGAGACGCGCACGGGUGUUACCGGUAAAGCUAUCCGCAUUGAAAAGAUUAAAUACACUGGGAAGGAAGGAAAGUCUGCGCAGGGAUGUCCUAUCGCCAAAUGGAUUAUUCGACGUUCUGAUUAUCAAGAAAAGUAUCUUAUCAUUGUGAAACACCGUCAAGGUCACUUUUGCUUCUCUGCAUUCAUUGUCGUUUGCAUUGUGGCUUGGGAAGGCAUCCGACAGAAGCAAGCCGAUGAUUUAUACUCGCUCCUCACCGAAAAGCUCAAUAAAUUCGGUAUUCCGACCACGCGCCGAUGCGGGACGAAUGAACAGAGGAACUGCGCAUGUCAGGGACUGCAUCCGGAGACGAGUGGCGCAAGUUACUCGUUCGGAUGCUCGUGGAGCAUGUAUUACAAUGGAUGUAAAUUCGCCCGUUCGAAAUGCGUGAGGAAGUUUCGGCUAUCCUCGCAGAAUGAAGAGAAAUGCAUGGAGGAGAAACUGCAGGCGAUGGCGACGUGUCUGGUUCCGCUGUAUAAAAGUCUCGCGCCGAUCGCGUAUAAGAACCAAUGCGAGAACGAAAUGAGUGACAUGGAAUGUCGGCUGGGUGAUAAGUCAAUUGGGCGGCCAUUUUCCGGCGUCACUGCAUGCCUGGACUUUUGUUCGCAUUCGCACAAGGAUACUCACAAUAUGAACGAUGGUUGUACGGUGGUUGUUUCUCUUAUGAAGGAGAGAGUGCUGGGGAAACCGAAACAUGAUGAGCAAUUGCAUGUUUUACCGUUGUAUACGGUGGAUACGACUGAUGAGUUUGGCGCUAGUCAAAAGCACAAUAGGAGUAUUGAAGUUCUUAAAAGUUAUAAAUGUGAGGUGCGUGUGCGCACAGUACCAUUACAAUCCUGCCGCCGCAGUAAAAAGAAAAAGAGUGCCGCCGCAGAGUCUUCUGAGUCGUCCGAGACGAUUUCCUCCUCCCCCAAGAAACGAUCUUCCAGCAAAGAAGCAGGUGGUAGCAGUAAGCCAAGCUCAACCAACGUCGAGCUGCAAAAUAAUCAAAUCACCAGCACCGUCAACAAUAACAAACAAUCGCAUGCGGCUCUCGACCGAUAUCAUCACCGACACGAACCGCCAGUAUUAGACAAUUGGAGCAAUCCGCGCACUGCCUUUAACGUAACAUAUCCGGUCAUGACGCCGUACUCGUACACACCAACGCAGUAUAAUCUACCCGCAGCAAGCAUGCCGUAUCACCACUACGCCGUUAAUCAGAAAGUACAAGAUAGCAACUCAGGUUCAACAACUAGCACAAGUAAUCAUCAACUCGUUAUCGAUUAUGAUCAACAUCGUAUGCCUAUGCAACCCUUCCGCACGCCAUAUUAUCAUGCGCCGCCACGGCACCAUCUCAAUGAUUACAAUUGUAGUUACCCCGUCGGUUUUAAUCCGCCGAGUCCGUAUGAUUAUCAGCGGACGGUUUUGCCCCCCUUGCCUAGUUUGAAUUGGAGUCAUCAUGCGCAUACGCCAUCUUUCUCGGGUGUCAAUCAUCAUCAUACGCAUGCGCAUCACGGCAUGUUGUCAUCGUUGUCGCCUUUUCAAAUGCAUUCGCCUAGUCUGCCGGGUUUGGGUUUACCACCGGCAAUUAUGCCACCACAAGCGCCAUCUGCAGAAAUUGUAGAUGUAAAAAUACCCAAACCCGCAAUCGGUACGGUGAAAGAAACAACGGAAAAUUUAGAAGCGUUUAAAGAUUCCACCAUUGGUGGCUUGGCGAUAGCGUUGAGUCAUGGCAGCGUGCUGUUCGAAUGUGCCAAAUACGAGUUUCACGCAACGACAGCCCUCAAAUGUCCCAAUCGCUUGAGCCCGACGCGAAUUAGUCUCGUUUUCUAUCAGCAUCGUAACCUAAACAAACCCAAACACGGUUGGGAUGCGUAUGAGGAGAAGAUGCGCCUGCGCAAGAUGGGCGUCAGCGUGAGUCCGGUUGUCGUGAGCAAUUCGGUGGAUGUGUCGACGUCGUUGGACGCGCCAUCGACGGAAUCACUCCUGCAUCCGCUCUCGACGAUGACGUCGUUCCACACCUACGUCCCCAUGCAGAUGCAAAUGCCGAAUUUGUAUCAGAGUACAUUCGGGAUUUAAGUGUAUUUAAGCUCAACCCCACCGAAAACAAAACAUACCACAGUGAAAUGAAAACAAUUGCCAUUUUAUAAACGAGAAGAGAGAAAUAUUGAUAAAACUAAUGUAAUUCAUAUGUUAAUUAGACGAUUAGAGGUAUUAAUAAUAUGAUUGUGAACGUGAAUUAUGCAAGCGGUACACGAGUGGACAAAAAUAUUAUGAUAAUUAUAAAGAUUAAGAAAAGCAAAUUGGAGUAAACCGAAAACAAAGAUGAAAAGAAUAUUUAUGUAACUUUAACAAUAGUGCCUGUAUGAUGUGUAUGGAUCUCAAUGGUAUUUUAUUAUAUAAACAAAGUCAAAACGACAAAAGAGAAAAAAAUGAUAAACAUGAUAAUAUAUUAAAGAAGAAGAAGAUGAAAAGAUGAAAAAAACACAGUAAAUUUAUUUAAUGAAGAUAUAAAAAUGAAUAAUAACGUAUUAUAAAGAAAUGAAACAAGCAAAGACAGUACAAAGUUAGAAUUAUUCCACUAAUCAGUUAUACAACAAUUUUUCUUAAUCUUUAAACAAAAAAAAACAAAAAUUACACCUUAACAUAAGUAGCCAGUUAUCAUAUUAGAGAUGAGACAGUAAUUUUUAUACGACAUUGAAUGUGGGUGUUGCGUUGGGGAGGUUCUCUGGCAGCUUUUCUUUUCUUUCUUUUUUUGUGGGCCACAGUCAUUUAUUUAUCCAUCGGCCCAACGUUUGUACUUUAAAAAUGGUACCAGUGUGUCAUAAUGUCUUCGAAACGCCGCCAUUGCCAUACUUUAUACACAAUCAACUGUUGUUUGUUAUUUAAUUUAAUUCAUUUAUUUAAACGAAUGUCAUGUUUAUGAUUUGUACAAGUAGUUAACUUAUGAUUUUAUCAUAUUUACCAAUAUUUAUAGUUAAUUAAUUGCAUGCAACGUUCUCAAAGAAGAUCGGCGCAUGCGCGUCGAUUGUAAAUUAAUUUAUUCGUAUUCUUACUUUUUGGGUGUAUGUACAUUGUUUAUAUCACGAUUAUUUUAGGUUAAUAAGCCGAAAUUCGACUUGAAAUCUCAUUAGCGGUAUCAUUUUAUAGGUUAGACAUCGAUUUUUAGCGAUGAUUCUUUUCGGGCGUUGAGAAAAGCAACCAAACCAAACAAUAUAGACGUCUAACAAGAUCAUAUAUUAUGAUGAUAUUUAUUACCAUAUUUUAUUUCUAAUUUAUUCGACUUUUAGUGUAGUAUUAUGAGAUAAUUUUAUUCUAAGCGAUAAGUAACGUAGUUGUGAGGAACCAAAACGAAACCAAAAAGAAAACAAGCAAAACAAAACAAAACAAACAAACUCUUUUUAUACAAAUACGCAAGAUUUGUUUUCUUUGUAGAAAAAGAAAAGAAAACAAUACACAAUAAGAAGAUGACAUUUUAAAAGCAAUCAAUCGUAUCAAUAAAACUAAUAAUAUUUGUAUAAAAGUAUUUAAUAUAAAGAAGAGAAGGGAAAAACAAAUAUAAAUGAUAAGAACAUCAAAUUGUUACCAUUUGAAUAUGUUCCAAUUUCGUGCGUACAACAUUUCAAUCACAGGGUUCUUUUCAUGACAAAGAAACUGAACAUUUUAAGCAUUCCAACACUCUCUCAUUAAACAUAACCAAAAAAACAAAAAGCGUUAAUAAAAUUCAAGGAGGAAUCACUUAUGCCUUUAACAAAUAAGUUUGCCUUCUGUGUUUCUGCAUUGAGAAAAUUAUAAAAUGAAAAAGAAGAUGAGAAACAAAACGAAGACGUGAAUAUCUGUUGAACUAUUUGAUGAAUUCUAUUUUUAAUUAUCGAAUUGUAUUCAUGCGUAAUUAUCAUAAUAUUCCAAGAUUGCAGCAUACCAAUUGUUAAUCAUUCCGUAUGCGUAUAAAGUAAUAUAUUUUCAAAAUAUUUGUGUGAAUAUGUUUGAAAACAGUUGCAGACAUCCGGAUCAAAAUUCUGUAUAAAAUUCGAUCACCGACUUGCAUUUUACUGUAGUCGUUUAGUCUGUAGUAGUUUCAUGAUGAACGAUGCGUUUGAUUGUUUUAUUUUGAUGGAUGAGAUUGCGAUUUGUAGCGCUUGACGUGAAUGCGGUGUGUGAAUGGGAGACAUUUCGAUUUUGCGUGCGAUUUUGUGAAGAUAAUUACAGUAGUAGCGAGUUUCGUACGAUAACGAUACGUACUUAUCAUACAACAUUGUAUAAAUACCUAUAUUUAUGAAUAAUAAUUAAUCAGUGUAUUUGAGGAUGAGCGAAAUAAAAGCAUUGAAUACACCGA